GAAAACUGUGGCACGGGAGAGAAUCUCCUCCCUGUGCCAUUGAUAAAUUCACGAAAGCUAGUCGCGCGUAAGUAACAGCGGGGGCAGCAACGGAGAUAUCAGACAUGUGGCGGUGUCUGCCCGAGAAGCGGCCCGGAGAGAAGAUGCUCCGAGGACUCGGGCAUGCACCCAUUACACUUCGCCUCGAACACCAACCUCCAGGACCGGCGCUGGAGAGUGUGCAACGUGCUGACUGGCGAAUCCCUCCCAGAACGCAACCUCGAUCUCGUGGAUAGCGCUACGUGAUAGCCUGUUUUACGUCCAGUUUUCUUUCCCUUCUUGCUUACGGCGACGACGCUCUCUGAGACGGGACUGUGAUACCUCUGUCGAGGGUGCGCCUGUGCGACGGCGUCUGGCUGGUGCGUGCGUGUGUCCCAGGAUACUGGCUCGGAGUUUUGUAGCGCGGGGCAGGAAUCUGUGCUGGCUCGUUGACAAAGUCGUGGUCCGCUUGCACGGUCCGGACGCGCGUGAGCAACUGAGCCUGUCGUCUGGAGUCACGUUGGAUGUUCUUCCUUUCGAGUCUGUUCGUGCGCAGAGCCGAUAACGCGUCUCUUCCACGCGACCCGCGACCCGUCAUUAUGGUUUUCCAGCCUAUUCGGAUCAUCCUCACAUCUGCGAACAGGAUCAUAUACUUGCGAUCUUACAGUUUGGGCGACAGUGUACUUCGUAUCUUGUCGAAUUUCUAUACCCAUCUCGACAUUCGUGUGUCCUGCUUCUUAUCGGGUUUUCGUGGUAUUCGACCGUUUCAGGGACCCACGGCAAGCAUUGAAUAUAAUCGGGAGGUACUACAAGGGUUUACACGCUCUGAUCCUAUCUUGGCUGCAUUUUAAUACGGCUUUGCCGAUUUCUCUCGCACUUUCCUCCCAUGGCAUCUGACGGCCGAUACCUCUACUAUCCAUACAACGGAUACUCAGCGCCCGGAUCGAACUACCCGCCCCCUCGUCCGCUACGGUCCGACUCGGGGUCCUCGUCAUCCCAGCCACCCCAGUCACCGGCGCAGUUCAGCCAGCCAACAUCAGGCUCCUACACUUCUCAGCAGUCGCCACAGUCGCCGGUUCGCUAUAGCCAGCCGCCUGCGCCAUCUUAUGGAGCUCCUCCUCCACAACAGUACAAUUCUGGGCCAAGUUAUAUAUCGUCAGCGAACACGACGGGGACACAGCAAUGGUCGCCCUCCUCGGUGGCCCCAUCGCAGCCCAUCGUGACUCCGUCGCAGCCACAGGCGGGGACCAGCACAUGGAGCACUCAGACGUACCAACCGCCGCCUCCUCCGCCGGGACCGGAGAGACAGGCUCCACCGCAACAACAGACUCAGCCGCACUAUACGGUGCCCCCUCCCCCUCCUCGACCUGCCUCAAACGAGCAAACGCGAGCCUGGAAUCACCCGCCAUAUGACUCCCGCUCCCGAUUGAACGAGCCGCAGCAACGCAUGUACCCACCGCCGCCUGUUCCGCCGCCCGAGUCGCCGGACAUGCGGUCGAGUCGACGCCGCUGGGAGUCCUCGCCGUCGCCCGAUCAUCUGGCCCCAGCGAUCAACUUCCACGAGCUGGUGAACUCGUAUCACCGCAUUCUCGAGGGGGCGAGGACAGACGCCCCUGUCGACCGCAUGCUCCAGAAUGCAUCGUAUGGUGCCCAGGUGCUGGAAAGUGCCAACAUCCCGGCCGUCGUUCCACGCGCCAUCCAGCCGCAGCCACAGCCACAGCCACAGCCCGAACGCGGCCGUAUCGAAGCACCGAGGCCGAUCGAGCCGCCGCAGCCGCCGCCACAGCCAGAGCGCAAGCGGACGCCCCCGCCGCGACGGCUCGAGCCGGCGCCCCCGCGCGAGAAGCCGGUGUUGUCGCCGGUGCUGGCCGAGGCCCCUUCGGCGCUGUCCGCGACAUCCUCGGUGCUGAUUCUGUCGAAUCUCAAGAAGGGCGACGAGUUCAUCCACACGGUGCCCGGGUCCGAGUCUACUACGCCGCUCAAAAGCGGCGUCCCCCAGCAAUGCCUCGGGUGCCAAGCGACGUCGACGCCCGAGUGGCGUCGCGGACCGAUGGGGCCCCGCACGCUCUGCAACGCGUGUGGGCUCGUCUACGCGAAGCUGGUCAAAAAACGGCUGCGUGGCGAGGCCGGGGCUGGCCCAUCCGGCAGUCGCGGACAAGAUGGGCCAUCACCCGUGUCGGAUGAGCAGCGACGGUGAUAUCGGCCUUAGGCCGUCUAUGUUGGUUCGCUUUCGGUUGUGUUUUUUUUUGUGUUGUCAUCUGGGGCAUUGUCGAGACCGUUUAUUAUGUAUGGUGCGCUGCGGGUCUCCUCCUCGCGCAGCUCGAGUACGGUUGAUCCAUUCUUCAUGUAGCUCAUGUUCGGCGUGAACCGUUUUCGACACGGGGACCGUGGUUGCGACACCUCGUGUAUAUUGUAUACAGUAAUCGUGGCACGCUGCUUGAACCUGAAUCAGUUGCGGUGGAUUAAAAGUACAAUGCGUAUGGAACUACAGUACAUCUAACUAUAUAAGUCGACAAAAAACCCGAUAAAGAUAUAAAAAACCCAUCAUCGACCGGGAGGUUGGCCCUUGACAGGGAUCUGAUGGUGCUGCUGCUGUUGUUGCUGCUGCUGCUGCUGUUGCAUAUGCUGUUGGGCGGCGCCAUUGGCGUUUAUCAUCUGCAUGGCGAGCCCGUUCAUUUGCAUCGCAGCUGCGCUCUGCGGAUGCCCCGCGGCCAUCUGCCGCUGCUGCAUGACCAUGUGCUGCCACUGCGCCAACUGGGUGGCGUUCAUCCCGUACCCGUGGUUGCGGUAGUACAUCGACAGCUGCGCCUGCUGCUGAGGCGUCAUCCCGCUCAUCAUUUGCGCAGCCUCUGUACCAGCAGAUCCACCACCCGCUGCUGCUGCCGCCACCGCUGCGGGUGAUCCAGCAGGGCGCACUGCGCCGUUCGGCGGGCGAGGCGAAUUCACACCAUUGGGCCGCAACCCGGUGUUGGCUGGCUGGUGGUACGUGUAGUUCAGCUGCUGGCCGUUGCCGUUCUGCUGCGGCUGAUUCGGGUUUCCGGGGGGAUGGGCGACCGGGCAGCGACGAUCCGCUGUUGUUGGUUCAAGGUGGGCAGACCGCCAUUGGCGCCGCGGUUGGCCAUCGCAGCCGCGGCUGCAGCAGCGUUCAUGUUCAUAUUCAUGCCCAGAUUCAUCGGCUGGGCCGGGCGCGGUGUCAAUCGACCGUUCGGUUGUUGUUGCUGCUGUUGCUGCUGCUGCUGUUGGGCCUGCAGCGCAGCCGCUCUCUGCUGUUGCAAUUGCUGUGCAGCCAUGAAUAUCUGCUGCGACUGGGCAUUUUUCAUCACUCCACUCG